AUGCAGCGCUUCGAGGUCGGAGUGAGUGACGCUACCGGUGUGGUGGGAGGUGCCGCGGUCUUCUCUUGCGACGUUCCUCCGACUGUGGCUCGACAUGUGUCUCUCAUGUCUUGGAGUGUCGACGGGCGCUCCCUCUCCGUCUCCACCAGGCCAGAUGGUCGCUAUUGGGUGCUGCCGAGUGGUGAGCUUUUAAUCUUGAGCCUCACCGCCACUGACGCUUACUCCCGCGUGUCCUGCCGCGCCUCCCACUCUUUUGACAACUCCCCCAGAGCCUCCAACACUGCCCGAGUCAUCGUGACAGCCUUAUCUUGCUUCACUGCUGUCAUCCUUAACCUCGCUGGCCGCCUUGCCUCUCCCUUGCAAUCGUUCACUUGGAUGCUGGACGAGGAAUACAUGUGGUAUAAGGAGGACGAGACUCGCGGGCGUGUGGAUGUGAAGGCAAGUGGAGGCGGAGGACGGCUCAGGGUGGUGGAGGGCCAGCUUGUCAUUACCGGAGCGAGGAUGGACGACUCUGGCUUCUACCUCUGCUUCGCCAACAACUCCGCCGGCACAGACUCCUACAGAGUGAACGUUCAGGUGCGGGAGAGACUUGGGGUGGUGGUGGAGCCAGGACUGCAGCGUGUGGAUCUUGGUCGUCCUGCCUCGCUCACCUGCCGUGUUUCUGGCUCACCUGUCACCUCCCUCACCUGGUACAAGGAUGGCCGGCCCCUACCACCCCUCCCCCGCCUCAGCACCUUCGACAGAUCCCUCCAGAUCGGCCAGGUGUCGCGAGAGGAUGGUGGGAUGUACCAGUGCUUGGCCAAGAACGACGAGGAUGCUGCACAAGGAGCCUCGCAGGUUGACUUAGGCGACUCCGCGCCCAUACUGGAGUACCGAUUCAUCAGUCAAACGCUUCAGCCUGGCCCUUCAGUGAGCUUAAAGUGCAUCGCGUCAGGAGCACCAACCCCGCAAGUCACCUGGACCCUGGACGGCUUCCCUCUCCCGCAGAACGACAGGGUCUACACUUGUCAGGCUGGUGGUGGGUCAGUACGUGGGAAUGGGGGUUCAGUGGUGAGCCACGUGAACCUGACGGGCGUGCGGGCGGUGGACGGGGGCGCCUACACGUGCACGGCGGCCAACAGGGCAGGCUCCACUUCCCACACAGCCCGCCUCAACGUUUAUGGGCCAGCUUAUGUGCGUCCUAUGUCUGUAGUGACGGCAGUGGCUGGGGAGCAGCUCAUCAUGUCUUGCCCCGCGGCGGGUUACCCUCUGGCUAAGAUCACCUGGAAGAGAGAUGGACGAAUUCUACCAAUGACAGCUCGACAAAGUGUACACGAGAACGGAACUCUAACGAUACGAGACGUGCAGAAGGCCGCUGACGGAGGUUCCUACACAUGCACUGCGAGCGACAAACAGGGGCGCUCCCACUCCUCCACCGCCACCGUGCAGGUUCUUGUGCCGCCCAAGGUUCAGCCGUUCAGCCUACGGAAGGACUUGGCCCUCGGAGAGCGGGUGAGCGUCCAGUGCACCGUGAAUGGCGGGGACACGCCGCUGCUGGUGACGUGGACCAAGGACGGUGUGGCGGCGGAGCGCAUACCCGGUACUGAGGUGCGGCAACUGGACCAGUACACCAACAUCCUCACCAUCACGCGCCUCACGCCCCUGCACACCGGCAACUACACCUGCACCGCCACCAACGACGCCGCCACCAUCACCCACACAGCGCCUCUCCGCGUCAACGUUCCCCCGUCGUGGGUGGAAGCUCCGAGGGACUCCUCCGUCACUCUGGGGGGCUCCCUGGCCAUCCCCUGCCACGCUCAGGGAUUCCCAACACCGAGGAUUACUUGGAGGAAGACUCGAGACCAGCCUGGCCAGUACAGCCCUAUCCUUGGGGGUGGUAUGGGGCUCGGCCUCGGCGUGGGCGCGGGUGUGGGCGUUGGCAUGGGCGUGGCGGAGAACGGCAGCCUGGUGGUGGUGGGCGCGAGGGCAGAGGACGAGGGAAAGUAUCUGUGCGAGGCGGCGAAUGGAGUGGGCGGCGGACUGUCUGCCUUGAUCGAUCUCAGUGUUAAUGCACCUCCGAGAUUUGAUCCAGGUCUGCAGAGGACAGUGUCGGUGAGAAGAGGCUCCCAGGCCACUCUCACUUGUCACGCCCACGGAGACCCGCCCAUUACUCUCCUUUGGCAGGCCACCCACACCAACGCCCAUGACAGAAGCGUGGUGCGGGAGGUGGCUGGCGGCGUGAGAGGAGAGCUGGUGAUCCCGUCAGUGAAGAUGGAGGACGCUGGUCAAUUCACCUGCACCGCCUCCAAUACUUACGGCACAGACGCGUUUGUGGUGACGCUGGUGGUGCAAGAUGUGCCAGGCUCUCCACACGGCCUAAGGGUUUCUGAACGAGGCUCCCGCUACCUCACCGUCUCGUGGCUGCCUCCCGUCACCUCACACACUCCCGUCCAGACGUAUACUGUUCAAUACCGUCCAGUGAGAGGUUCUUGGGGUGAGGGGGAGGAGGUCGAGGUCGGGGGGGAGGUGACAACAGCUCGACUGGCGCCUCUUGUCCCAGAUACACAGUACUUGGUCAGGGUUCUUGCCUCAAAUUACCUGGGAUCGUCUCCUCACUCCGAACCCCUUCAGGUUCGAACUGAAGGCGAGGCUCCGUCAGCAGCUCCUACGGGCGUCAGAGCCGACGCCCUCUCCGCCACCAGCCUUCGCGUGGCCUGGGACGCCCCUCCCCCUCACACCCACCACGGGGACCUGCUUGGCUACAACGUGGGCGUCAGGAGGCAUGACAUGGGCGGCGAGGGCGGCUAUAACUUCAGUCUGGUUGGCGUGGGGAGCAGUGUGGGCGGGCGGGAGAAAGUGGACGGGCUGCGGGCGUGGGUGCAGUACGCUGUGGUGGUACGGGCGUAUAACAGUCACGGAACGGGGCCUCUCUCCCAACCUGUUGUGGUGCGCACUUUGGAGGAUGCACAAGAGCCAAAUAAUUUUCUCUGA